UUCUCUGACCAGUCACUUCUCUGUUUUCACUCGAUUACUCUCACUAUAAUGCCGACGCCACCACUAAUACCGUCGGUUCUAAUCCUCGUACCACUACUCUUCUUCUCCUUCUGUACUGAGCCUGUAAUUGCAUGGCGCCCAUGGCCUAAUCAAACCCUCAACAAAACGGACUUCAUCUUCGGUGGGUCAAAAAAAUAUGAGGGCUCAUCGGAAUUCGUUCAGUUGAAGUAUCACAUGGGGCCUGUACUCACCGCCAAUAUUACCGUCUAUCCUAUUUGGUAUGGCUCGUGGCAAAAGUCCCAGAAACGUAUAAUCCGAGAAUUCAUCAGCUCGAUCUCCUCUGUCGACGCCAAGCCGCCGUCGGUGGCCGGGUGGUGGAAAACCGUCCAGCAAUACACUGAUCAGACAGGCGCGAAUAUUUCACGUUACGUUCACAUUGGUACUGAGAAGAACGACCGGUUUUUCUCCCACGGGAAAUCACUAACUCGGCUGUCAGUUCAAUCAGUUAUAAAAUCCGCCGUGACCUCCUCCACCCGCCCACUUCCGAUCAACCCCAAGAGCGGGGUGUACCUUCUACUAACCUCGGAGGAUGUGUACGUACAGAAUUUCUGUAACAACGUUUGUGGGUUCCAUUACUUUACCUUCCCCUCCAUUGUCGGGUAUACUCUACCGUACGCCUGGGUGGGUAACUCUGCUAAACUGUGCCCCGGCGUUUGCGCGUACCCCUUCGCCGCGCCGGCGUAUAUUCCGCAGCUGAAAGCGGUGAAAUCACCAAACGGCGACGUAGGGGUCGACGGGAUGAUAAGCGUGAUUGCACACGAAAUUGCGGAGCUGUCCACGAACCCGCUGGUUAACGCCUGGUAUGCGGGUCAAGACCCGGUUUUCCCAGUGGAGAUCGCGGAUCUUUGCGAGGGAAUUUAUGGGACCGGAGGUGGCGGAUCCUAUACCGGGCAGAUGUUCAACGGUGAAGAUGGUGCCACGUACAACAUGAAUGGGAUCCGACGGAGGUUCUUGGUUCAGUGGGUUUGGAACCAUUUGGUGAAUUACUGCACCGGCCCGAAUGCACUUGAUCAGUAAAUGCUUCAUUUAUGUUAUUAUGGCCUUUCGUUUUGAAAUGUAAACUGUUUGUUUAUUAUUUUACUUGGGUUUUUGCUUAUUAAUGGAUAAUUAGUUUAGUCAAUUAAUUAUAAGUGUGUUUUAACUUCAAAGAUGACAUGCAACGUAAAGCAACACCCAGUCGGCGGUGCAAUUUAGCACAUCCCUAGUGCCCCCAGGGCACAUCUCCAAGUGAUAAAAGGGGAAGGUGGAGAAAUCUAGCUUUGUUUGAGAUUGUCGUGUUAAGGGUUCGAAUCCUGAAAUAUGAAUUUGGCUCUUGAAUAAGUGCAAGUGUACAAGCAGUCUUCCACCCUGUACCCUUGGAGGCAUAAUUUGCGAUUUACUUCUCUUACGAUAGCACAUCUCUAGCGUUUUUGUGAGAUUUGAGCCGAAGACUAAUGAUGAUUGCUCUUUGUACCUUUUCUUUUACAAAAAUAAGGGUAAAUUUCAUGGAA